AUGUGGUGGGCCUGGCCUUUCCUGCCAGCUCUGGUGCUUCUCUCAGAGCUCUCUGUGGUCCAAGUCCAGACAGCACCGUGCCAAACCUGCAGAAAGCUCACUGAAAGUUUCCUGAAGGGUUUAGAGAAAACAUCCAACAAGAACUUUGGAGGAGGAAACACUGCAUGGGAGGAAGAGAAGCUGGCCAAGUAUGCACGCAGUGAGACUCGCCUCUUAGAAAUAGUUGAAGGUGCUUGUGAGAAAACAGAUUUUGAAUGUAACCGGCUGCUGGAGCAGAUAGAGGACCAAGUAGAGACAUGGUGGUUCCACAGGCAGCAGGAGGCACCAGACCUUUUUGAAUGGCUCUGCAUAGAGGAACUGAGUCUCUGUUGUCCACCAGGACACUUUGGACCUGAAUGCAAAGAGUGUCCAUCUGGACCUGGAGGUGUGUGUGGAGGUCUGGGUCGAUGUGAGGGGGAGGGCACUCGCCUAGGAGAUGGCGAGUGUGUCUGUGAUCCAGGAUACUCGGGCCAUCUGUGCCACAGCUGUGCUGACGGCUACUAUCGAGAGAAGAGCUCCAACGACAGCGUCGGAGCCUGUGCAGCUUGCUAUCACUCCUGUAAGAAGUGCACAGGGCCGCAAGACUACAAGUGCCUCGACUGCAAACCCGGCUGGAUCCUUCACGACAACAAGUGUGUGGACAUCGAUGAGUGCGGUACAGAGCUGGCUCGCUGUCCUUCCAACACCUAUUGUCAUAACACAGAAGGAUCGUAUGAAUGCAGAGGCUGUGACCAGGCAUGUGUAGGCUGUAUGGGCAGUGGUCCCGCCCGCUGUAAGAAAUGUGCACGUGGCUACAGACUGAAAGGAGCCAAGUGUCUUGAUAUAGAUGAAUGUAGUGAACGUGCAAUAGCGUGCCCGGGACUCAACGAGGCCUGCAUCAACGAGGAGGGCUCCUUCCACUGUGACUGCGCUGACGGGUUUAUCAGAAGAGACAGCAUUUGUGUGGAGAACAAGCCUCCUGGUAGGUAG